UUAUUUUUGUUUUACACUAUUUGAUUCACUUUUGUGAACUGUUAAUUUCCUAUAACUGUAGUCUGGUUAUUACAAUACUUGUGGCUAGCAGAAUGAACAAUGUAGAUUGAUAUCAUCAAUUUUAUUUUGUACGAUUCAAAAUGUUUGCUUGAAAGUUUUUGAUUCAGAUGUGUUACAUAGAUCAGUUAUAUGCCAGUUGUCAUUUCUGACUCUUUUUUUUUUUCCCCUCAGAUAAUUUUUUUUGUUUCUUAAAUUUUUGCGUGGUUAUACGUUUUUUGUGACAUUCAGUUAUUUUUGUACUUUGGAACAUGAGCUAUUAGAGUAUUGUGUAACAUUUCUGAUGAUGAAAGUAGCAGCUAAAUAGAUGUCGGUCGAAGUUGUAUCCUUCUCUCGAUUGGUGGAAAGAACAUUAUGUUAGACUGUGGUAUGCAUAUGGGGUACAAUGACGAGCGAAGAUUUCCAGAUUUUUCAUUUAUCACUCAGGAAGGACCUUUGAAUGAUCAUUUAGACUGUGUAAUUAUCAGCCAUUUUCAUCUGGACCACUGUGGUGCUUUACCGUUUAUGAGUGAAAUGAUUGGCUACUCUGGUCCAGUGUACAUGACUCAUCCAACAAAAGCGAUUUGCCCAAUUUUACUUGAAGAUUACAGAAAGAUUACUGUAGAUAAGAAAGGAGAAACAAAUUUUUUUACAUCUCAGAUGAUUAAAGAUUGCAUGAAGAAAGUUGUGGCAGUAAACCUUCAUCAAACAGUACAGGUUGAUGAUGAAUUAGAAGUGAAAGCUUAUUAUGCUGGACAUGUUUUAGGAGCUGCCAUGUUCCACAUCAAAGUUGGAUCACAGUCCGUUGUUUAUACAGGUGACUACAAUAUGACACCUGAUCGUCACCUUGGAGCUGCAUGGAUUGACAAGUGUCGUCCAGAUCUUCUCAUCACGGAAUCAACUUACGCCACAACCAUACGAGAUUCCAAGAGGUGUAGGGAGCGAGAUUUUCUAACAAAGGUCCACGAUUGCAUCGAGAAAAAUGGAAAAGUUCUGAUCCCAGUUUUUGCCCUUGGAAGAGCUCAGGAACUGUGUAUUUUGUUGGAAACUUACUGGGAGCGAAUGAACUUGAAAGUUCCUAUUUAUUUUGCUGUAGGGCUCACAGAAAAGGUAAGUAUAAUUUUAUGUAUAAUAUGCAUUAUAUAAACAUACUCUUUAUAG